AUGGCAGUUUCCCUCUUCCUCAACCGCUUUAACAUUUUCAGCCCUCGUCUCAUUGGAUCUCUCCACUCGCCGGUCUCCUUCGUCCCUAUGAAGCGCAUCACUAUGCCCGUCGCCGUUCACUCGAUGUCUCUCUUCAAGGCGGCUCCGGUGACCGACUACGCACCAUACAAUGGUGCUCCCGACGGCUUUUCAGAUACCGACUCCGACGAAGAUAUCCUUGAGGAUCCCCGCGUCAUCUGCUCGUUCCACGGUUACGGUGCUUCGGAUCCGUUCCCAGAAGAGUUCACAGUCCCGUACGGGCCACCAGAGGAAUCCAACGGCACACCAGUGGAAUCCGACGGCUACGGCUUGAAGACAAAGCCUGUUGACAACGGCGUGCACUUGAGGAUGUACCUUCCGGGAGUCAGCAAGGAAAACGUGAAGGUUUGGGUGGACGGUGAGAAGCUGUAUGUCAAGGGCUCAAAGAUGGAGUUUGAAGAUGACAUACAGGAGACAGUGAUGAGCUAUGCCCCUGUGAAGGUUCCGGAGAAUCGUUUCAAGGCUAAGGAAAUCAAGGCUGAGAUGAAAGAUGGAGUGCUGAAGAUCUUCGUUCCAAGGAUCAAGGAUGAUGAGAGGGCCGACCAUUGGGCCGUGGAGGUCGAGUGA